AUGGCCUGCGCCGCCGGCUCUGCGCGGAAGGUAUCGGCCGUGCUGUACCACUACCCGUGCCCGGACGGCGCAUUCGCCGCGCUCGCCGCCCAUCUCUACUUCUCCGCCGCCGCCCUCCCCGUCCGCUUCUUCCCCAACACCGUCUAUGACCCCAUCAGGAGUGAUGGUCUUCCGUUUGACGAAAUUGAAGAUGUUUACCUUCUUGACUUCGUAGGGCCUCCUGGUUUUGUUGCUGAUAUAGCCCCGAAAGUUCAGAGUGUAACAAUCUUAGACCAUCAUAAGACUGCCAUGGAAAGUCUGUGUGGGAGUGCCACACUUGGAGAAAAUGUGAAUAAGGUGAUUGACAUGCAACGCAGUGGAGCAACAAUUGCAUUCGACUACUUUAGGAACAAGUUAUUAACAGAAGCUAGUACUUCACGGAAUCAUGGAAGUGGUAAUUCUGUAACUGAAAUGAAAUAUCUACCUGAAAACAAGCUUGAAAUGGUGCACAAGCUUUUCAAGUUUAUCGAGGAUGGAGAUCUAUGGAGAUGGACUAUUCCAAAUAGCAAGGCCUUCAGCAGUGGCCUCAAAGAUCUGAACAUUGAAUUUAAUGUCAAUUCAAAUGGGAAGUUAUUUGAUCAGUUGCUGGAGUUGGAUCCGGAGCAAGUAAUUUCUCGGGGACAAGUAACAUUAUCGCAGAAGCAAACAUUAAUUGAUGAUUGUUUGGAGAAGUCCUUUGAAAUUGCUCUAGGAUGUGGCCAGUUUGGGAAUUGUCUGGCUGUCAAUGCUGAUGCUAUUUCAAUGCUGAGAAGCGAACUCGGAAAUCAGCUCGCUAACAAGAGUCGGAAUUUGAAUCUGAGAGCUAUUGGCGCUGUAGUAUAUAAAGUCCCCGAGUUGAAUAACGACGAGAUGCUAAAAAUCAGCCUGAGAAGUUUGGAACAAGAAGACACGACUUCUAUCUCCCAGGAAUUCGGAGGUGGGGGGCAUCGAAACGCAAGCUCAUUUCUGUUGAGUGUUGCAGAAUUUGAGAAGUGGAAGGUUGAAGCCGAGCCUUCGAAUGCAGAAACUGCCUAG